GAUACAGUUCUUGGAGGCUACUAGCUAUGGAGGAAAAUCACCAAAUGGUGCAGGUACGUUUUCAUUCUCGACCAUUGUUCCGUGCCAUGUAUUGCUCGAUGUAUUGCUACGAGUGCAAGGAAUGGGAAAAUUUUCUGUGGCCAACGACCACGCAAGAGCCGAAACGUUUCGUAAGAAAUAAACAAAAGGGGUAUCAUUACUAUUGCAAAGACUGUUCUUGCGCUUUUCCAUGGAGAUGGGUCGAAGAGCCUCGUCCCGAGACGAACCAUCAUCUUCACCCGAGACACCCUCUCGUCGAAAUGUUCCCUUGCUUGUUGUUCGAUCCCAAGAAGAACUGCGAUUUGUGCGGGGAAGAGAUUUACUGUCACUUUAAGACAUUUUACCACUGCUCCAUAUGCGAUUUCAACCUACAUCUCGAAUGUGCGAGGAACUCGCCACCUCCUGCAAUGGAGGAGCCGAAGUGCCAUGACCAUAUGCUCACCCUCUUGCCCCGGAGAAUGUCCUUCUCUUGCAAUGCCUGUGGACUGCUCGAUGAUCGUUAUCCUGCUUACGUCUGCAUACCGUGCGAUUUCAUGGUCCAUAAGGACUGCAUAGGCUUACCGCACGUCAUAAAGAUCACGCGUCACUCUCACCGUCUCUCUCACACUUCUUCUCUUCCUCCCGGGAAAUGGGUUUGCGGAGUUUGCCGAAAAGAGAUUGACAACAAGUACGGGCAGUACUCUUGCAUCAAGGGCUGCUCUUACGCCAUCCACUCGAAAUGUGCAACGAGGAAAGACGUGUGGGAUGGGAAAGAACUCGAAGGAGUGCCCGAGGAGCCUGAAGAAGAUAUCGAGCCGUUCAAGAAGAUCGAUGACCGGACCAUACAUCAUUUCAGUCAUGAACACUAUCUUCUACGGCUCAGUGAGGCACUCGAAGAAUGCAAUAAGCUCUGCGAAGCAUGCAUUCGUCCUAUCCAAUCCGGUGACAUCUACUACGGCUGUAUGCUGCAAUGUGAUUUCACUCUCCACGAGAAAUGUGCUAAUCUUCCACGUAAAAUGCAUCAUGCGAUACAUAAGCAUCCUCUUACUCUACUGCCAACCGAUCCACAAGCUUCAACAUAUGUUCGGGUAGCUCAGGUCAAGGGUUCUUUCUCGUGUUCUGCUUGUUCUCGGAUCAGUUGCGGUUUCAAGUACAAGUGUUACGAAAAGGGUUGUGGUUUCAAAGUAGACGUACUCUGCGCUUUGAUUCCCGACCCAUUGACCCACAAAAGCCAUGAACAUCCAUUGUUCCUCACCUCGCAACAAGACAACAUAAUCUGCAAUGCCUGCAAAGGAUUGGACUGUGUCCUAAACUGCGUUGAAUGCGACUUCACCUUGUGUUUCACGUGCGCUUCUUUGCCGGAAUCCAUCGACUACAAGUACGAUAGACAUGCCCUGGUCCUCUCCUGUGGCGAGGAAGAAGGACGGGCCAACGGUACGUACUGGUGCGAAGGUUGCGAGAAAGUUCUCGAUCCCAAGACGUGGUUUUACACGUGCGACGAAUGUUGCGUCACUCUACACAAGGCCUGCGCUCUUGGAAGGUAUCCGUACAUGAAGCCGGGAAAGAAGAUCGGAUUCGACGGUUACGAGUUUGAUAUUGCUUACAACAAUGGUAGCUCUCGACCAACGUGCGUCGUAUGCCGUUUCCGUUGCGAAGACACGUUAGUUUUCAAGGGUCUUACGAUACACACUUGUUCCUUGUUCUGCACAUUAUAUGGGAUUCCUUGGGCUUUAGAAGUGUGCAGAUAAGAUUUAAUUUUCGGUUUUCGGUUCAAUC